AUGGGGGCAAACCACAAGUUGGAAUGGUGUCUGGCACCCAGCGGGACGUUGAUUGGUGCAAUGCUGGGCGGCUGUCAGACUGUGACAUUCUGUUGCAAGUGGAUGUCAGUCUUACAACGAGAGCCUACUAAUCAAGUUCCAAGGGAAGAAAUGAGGAUUUCAAUUCUUUCUAGUUUUCUUCAACUAAUCUUUGUUUUUUCUCUUCUCACACAAAUCCUAGCAAUCAAAAAGGCUUACGUAGUAUACCUGGGGUCACAUGUACAUGGAUCAGAGCCUACGUCCAUGGAUAUAGAUGCUGCGAAAGCUUCUCAUUAUAAUUUGCUUGGAUCUUUAAUGGGAAGUACUGAGAAAGCCAAAAAUGCCAUAUUUAUUCAAUACACUUUAAACAUUAAUGGCUUUGGUGCAAUGCUCGAGGAGGAAGAAGCAGCAGAGAUUGCAAAACAUCCAGAUGUUGUGUCAGUUUUCUUGAACAAGAAAAAUUAUCUUUUUACCACGAAGUCAUGGGAUUUUCUUGGAUUAGAGAACGGUAAAAUAAUUCCGGACGGCUCCAUAUGGAAGAAGGCAAGAUUUGGAGAAGAUACAAUCAUAGGAAAUAUUGACACCGGUGUUUGGCCAGAAUCAAAAAGUUUCAGCGAUGAAGGGUACGGGCCGGUGCCAUCAAGAUGGAAAGGACAAUGUCAAGAAGACAAAACAGAAAACCCAGUUCGUUGCAAUAGGAAGUUGAUUGGAACAAGAGUCUUCAACAAAUUAGGGGAGGCAGACAGCAGCGCCCGAGACCAGUCCGGCCACGGGACACAUACAUUAUCAACAGCAGCAGGUAAUUUUGUUCCUGGACUACAUGUUUACAAUCAACCCAACGGAACUGCAAAAGGAGGUUCACCAAGAGCUCGCGUUGUUGCUUACAAGGCCUGCGACAGUCAAGGUUGCAACGAUGUAGACAUUUUGGCUGCCUUCGAUGCUGCCAUAAGUGAUGGUGCUGAUGUACUAUCUGUGUCACUUGGUCGCGCAGAACCUGUAAGUUUUUUUGAGGAAGGAAUAUCAAUCGGUGCUUUACAUGCUGUUGCGAAAGGUAUGGUUGUGGUUGCGUCUGCUGGCAACAACGGACUAGAAGAAGGAAAAGUUGGCAAUGCGUCUCCUUGGAUUUUCACAGUUGCUGCUAGCACAAUUGAUAGAGACUUGAGCAACGGUUCUAAGUCAUUCGUGCGAGCUCCAGCAAUGGCUGAUUUCUCUUCUACGGGUCCUAAUGAGUUCGAGCCAGCACUCCUCAAGCCUGAUAUCACAGCACCGGGGGUUGAUAUAAUCGCUGCUUAUAGUGAAGAUCCUGAAGCUUACGAAGAAGGAAAGCCAGUUCCUUUCAAGGCACUUUCAGGAACUUCAAUGUCUUGCCCUCAUGUAUCUGGCAUUGUUGGUCUUCUCAAAACACUAUAUCCUCAAUGGACUCCGGCUGCUAUUAGAUCUGCGAUCAUGACAACUGCGACAACAGCAGACAACACAAAUCAGUUUAUACAAAAUCCAUUCUUCAAAAAAGCUACCCCGUUCAACUACGGUGCAGGACAUGUUCAACCAAACCUUGCAGCGGAUCCUGGUCUUGUUUAUGACUUGCAAAUUAAUGAUUACCUUAAUUUUAUAUGUGCUCAUGGCUACAACGAAAGCUUUAUCAGAAAAAUUUAUGGUAAGCCUUACGCAUGUCCCAAGUCUAUCAGUAUCGCAAACUUCAACUACCCUUCAAUCACAGUUCCUGAUCUCGAAAGUUCAAUAACAAUUACAAGAAGAGUCAAGAAUGUUGGAUCUCCAGGAACUUACAGAGCAACAAUAGAGGCAGCAAAUGGUUUGUCGAUUUCGGUUACUCCCACAAUACUAGUAUUUGAUGCCAUAGGUCAAGAGAAGAGCUUCUCGGUUACUUUGGAAUCAAAGAUCAAGAACGAGCCGAAAGAGUAUGUAUUUGGAAACUUGGUUUGGUCAGAUGGUAAGCACAAUGUAAGAAGUCCACUGGUGGUGAAGCAUGCAUAAGUAGAAAAGCCUUCAUUUACCAUUAAGUUAUAAUGUGUACUAUCCUUCAUAUUGAAUAAGAUUAUUUUCCGAUAUAUUUCAUGUAAUCAAUCUUGAAUACUUGUUUCGAUCAAACUUCUGUAUGUACGUCAGUGUUGCAGACAGAUAAAGACGUUGGAAACGUGCAUUUUCCGGUGCUCUAUCCAUAGAAUUCAUCUCUUUGUAGGCUUGU